CUUUGCCGCAAGCGGAUCGCAAGCGCUUAAACACAAAAACAAGAAAGAAAUCCGAAAUUUAUUGAACGCGCGCGCCUGCGUAAUUUUCUAAUCGAGUGGAGUGGAGUGUCUCGAGUGUUGUUGUGUUUUCUCAGUGAUUUAUUCUUUGUGUAUAUUUAGUUAUUUGUUUUAUGCAUUCAAGUGUAAAUUUCCUGUCUUAAAAAAUAAACGGAAAUCAAAAAGGAAACGGAUAUAACACACACACACACGGACGUGCACAGAUGAAAAUCAAAAUCUAAACCGAGACAAAUUUUAUUUAAUUUUCCCUCAUUCAAACAAUAACAAAAAAUUUGUGUUGUUCGCAUUUUAGUAACGGUUUUUGGCAAUUUUCUUGCUCAUUGAUUUAUUAACUUUUAUGAUCGAGGCUAAAAAUCUCCACCGCUUUAUAACAAAUGAAAUGAAAUUACAACAAAUCGAAUUGUAUUGAAUCAAAUUAAAUGAAAUGAAAUGAAUUUAUUCAGUUAUUAUCCAUUGUGAUGUUGUUUGAUGUGUGUAUGAGGAAAUUUUUAAACGAACAAUAGACAUAAAUAAAUAAAUAUUGUUGUGUACCAUUUAAACUGCGGUGGUCUAAUUUCAAUUUCAAUUUCAAUUGGAGUUCAAAUCGUGUUGUGACCCAUUCAUUAUGGAUACCGGAAGUGUGGUUAGUGAACCGAUUUCGGCGCAUCAUCGCGCCUUUGCCAAACAGAAAUCCGCUUCAAUGACCAUACUCAAUCCCAAGAGUUGUGCCAGUGCAGCAAAAUUCAGUCUUCAUACAACUAAUGAGCAUCAUGAGACUCAUCACACAUCAACACAUGGCUCCGCUUCGACGACAGGACGAAGGCGAAAAGCUGGCUCAUUGGGCGGAACACUCUCCUCGCGCUCUACACGCAGUGAGUCGAAGGAGUUGCGUUCAGCUCUACAGGAUCGUGAGGCAGUUAUACAAAAUCUUCGUAUACAGCUUUGCCUUGGCAAAUUGCCACGCCCCACGGGUCCACCUUUGGAUGAAAAUGAGAAACCAGCUGCGGAACAGAAAUUGAAUCGUCUGAAAACCGAAGCCGAGAAUAAGCGUAUUAAAAUCAAGAACUUGAAAAGUGCUUUGGAGAAAUUGGAUAUAACAGACAACAUUGACAUACGAAUACGUCAGGCGGAAUUGGAAUAUGCCUUGGGACGGGAGGAGUUGCAAAUGCUUUCGAUAGUGGAAGAAGCAAGAGCUCUCCAGGCACGCCUUGAAAAAUCCAAGCCGGAGGCACAAACUCUCUAUCAUAUCAUUAGUUCGGGUGUCUCGUUGAGUUUACAUGCCGUUCAUGCCACUUCUGGGCGUUGGGCUGCCCAACAGAGAGUCGAUCAGCCGGGUUUCUAUAUCGAAUGGGCUCUCGAAGGUGAUGGCCUCUAUAAGGGUGAUCGUAUAUUGGAAAUCAAUGGACGUCUUGUGACCAGUAAGACCAAAGAAGAGCUACAGAGACAUGUUGGGAAUUCGGGCAAAUGUCAAAUGGUUGUUCUACGCAAGAAAUCUGUACCCAUACCACAAAAACAACUUGAUCAAGAGAAGGAAAACAAUAUGAGACUGCAGCAUCGUAUAUCGUAUUUGGAAGAGCAGGUAAAGGAAUUGCAAACGGUCAAAGAGCAACCACAUCAGCAACAGCAACAGCAACAGGCUCAACAUCAUCAUCAACAACAUCAGCAAAAUCAACAACAAUCUCAGCAUGUGACCAGCAUUAGCAUAUCUUCACCACCAUCAACGCCACCGGAGAAGCCUCUAAUCUUUCAGCGUGGCAAUUAUAUAACCACUUUGGUUGGCGGCAAACCCAUCGAGCUAAUGGGCGACGAUCUUAAUCAUAAUUCCAAUCAUGUCACCAAGACUCUGAUCAAAGAGAACACCCACAUAGAUCUAAGGGAAAGAGAAAGGGAACGCGAACGCUUGCCCAAUAUGUAUUCCAUGCCCUCCAAGUCCUUGUCUGCCUCGAAGAUCUCCAUUAAUAGCGAUUCCGCUUAUAUGCAACAACAUAAACGCGAAAAGGAACGAAGACAAUAUCGCGAACGAGAACGACCUCGAGAUGCUCUGCAGCAACAGCAGCAACUACACAGAGAACAUCUAAUGAGUGCUCAUGCACGUAGUGUAGAGCAUUUGAAUCAAUAUAAUGGGCGUCGUGAAUUGCCACGUCAAAGUGAAGCUCAGACACUGCGUUCCCGUCUUCCCAGCGAUAUGCGUAGUGUCAAGUCUCUGGAUUUCGAUAGUGAAACGGAAACAACGAAACCAUCUAAUGGCAACAACACCACAGAAGCUGGACGCACCAACACCCACCAUGUACGUCCCACGCCGCCAAAGAAACCUUUGCGUCUUUCGCUACAGCGUGCCCAGAGUUUGCAAACAGUUGAACUGAAUCCCCACAAUGAACUCAUCGAACGAAAGCGACCCAUGAAGCGGGUCCACAAUAAACCUCCACCAGGUUCACCACCCAGCGAUGAGAACUGUAGUCCUUCACCUCCAUUGCACACAGCCUCUCUGGGCAGGCAUAAGCUAAUCUAAACAAAUCACUUGUACUUAUAUAUUUAGUUAUAGUAGUUUAAGCAACCAACAACAGGCGGACAUGUGCAAAAUUAUAAUUAGUUUUAGUUGUACACUUUUUGGCGUUCAUUAAUGUGUAACUAACUUUAGGUACUUUGUGUACUUUAACCAUUAUUUCUAAGUAGGUCUUGGCUUGGCUAUGCAUUAUCAUCAAUUUCAGUAUACGUAAUUCAUAUAAUUGAGAUAUUUUUGUAUUAUUGUAUAUCAAGUUAAUUAGCACAAUUUAAUUCUGAAUACACGAACCUUUAUUUUGCUUUCAA